CCAGCAUCCCCAUGGUGUGUCCUCGUACUGUAAUUUACACUGUAUCAGUGAUGUGAUGCCAAGAGCCACCUGGUCGCGGGGCUCAGCUGAAACGGCAUCCUGUUCCAGCGGCAGCUGGCUGAGCUCUCCGGCAACAAAGCGCACAUCACCAACGGACUUUCGCUUUCCAUAGCCAUAGUGACUUGUUGGCUCUGGGUUAGUCGUCUGCGUGCGGCCGUGCCACAUUCAUCCAGGACAAGGCACCGAUAAAGAUCAGCGAGUAGCCAGCCACAGGCCACGUUUCGGGAAACACUCGAGCCCGGACAUCACUUCUGCCUGGACAUUUACAUCUUGCCAGCGUCCCGCACCCGGCACCCGGCACCCGGAAUUUUGAUCUCUACGACCCAACCCAAUCCGAUUCCAAAAGCAACUGUCCUUCUAAAUACAUCUCGUUCCUUUAUCUUCUCGCGGGACCCUACCAUGGAUCUGCGCAACAACCUCUUUAGCAAGCCGGCCGCCCGUGGCGGAGCGCCCGGUUUACCUGGGCGCCAGGUUCAGCGGCCACCCGGUGGAGGCCCAGGGGGAUACUCGCCCGCGCCCACUGGCUAUGACGGAUAUGGCGGACGGUCCCCGGCCCCGGCCCCGGCCCCGGCAAGGCCACAGAACCCGCCUGGCGGUGGAGGUUACGCCGACGAUGGUUACGGAAGGGGGAGCUACGGUGGUGCUGGUUACGGUGGCGGAUAUGCCGAUGGGCCAGGGUCAUAUCAAUCUCAGCCGAGAGGCCGACAGGUGCGGCUUCGGCUUGCAAAAGUUGAAGACAAGACGCUUCAAGCGCAGUACAUCUUUGGGAAUAUCUGCGCUGUGUCACCCAACGACUUCCCGCCGAACCGCGACGGCUCUGAUCUGUACAUCCGCUUGACGGGCAACCAGCUCAGGGGCGACUACGUCGUGACUGCACGCCCUACCCCCGGCUUCCCUGACAGCUGCAUCAGCCUGUCCGAUCCCCAGAGAACAUGGGCCAGUAUUGGCAUGAUGGACGAGGUCAUUGGCGAGAUCUACGAUCCGUUCAGUCAAGGAAGUACGGUGUACAUUGGCUCCAUGGAUGUCGAGGUCGGCUUUGCAUCCGCGAAGAAAUUGGUGGACGCCCCCUACGAUCAGGAUGAGCUCGCCAGUAUGUUCACCAAGACCUUCCAGAACCAGAUCUUUUCGCCCGGACAGAGGCUGCUGCUGGACGUGAAGAACGUGCCGUUGGCCAUUAUGGUCAAGACGAUCACCUUGAUCGAUCUCACCAUGCAGCAGAAACAGACCGCCGAGCUCCCUACACGCAGCGAUCCAGGGGCGCGGGGUAUCCUAACCAACCAGGCCAGCAUAGGCUUCUACAAGGACGCAAAAUCGCCCAUCAAGCUCAAGGGCUCCAACAAGCGCCCGGCCGCCAACGCCAUCAUUAGUCCCGACUUCAAGUUCGAGGAUAUGGGCAUCGGCGGGCUGGAUACCGAGUUCUCUACCAUCUUUCGCCGUGCCUUCGCUUCGCGAAUCUUUCCGCCAGGGCUCAUCGACAAGCUCGGCAUCAUGCACGUGAAGGGCAUGCUGCUGUAUGGACCGCCCGGGACAGGCAAAACGCUUAUUGCGCGGCAGAUUGGUAAGAUGCUGAAUGCCAGGGAGCCCAAGAUCAUCAACGGCCCUGAAGUCCUCAACAAAUACGUCGGCCAGAGCGAAGAGAACAUCCGGAAGCUCUUCGCGGACGCCGAGAAGGAGUACAAGGAGAAGGGUGACGAGUCGGGCCUGCACAUCAUCAUCUUCGAUGAGCUGGAUGCUGUGUGUAAGCAAAGAGGCUCAGGUGCCGGGGGUGGCACAGGUGUAGGCGACAGCGUCGUCAACCAGCUUCUGUCCAAGCUGGACGGUGUCGAUCAGCUCAACAAUAUCCUCCUUAUCGGAAUGACGAACCGCAAAGACAUGAUCGACGACGCUCUGCUGCGUCCCGGCCGUCUCGAAGUUCAGAUUGAGAUCUCACUGCCCGACGAGUUCGGCCGGUCGCAGAUCCUCAAGAUCCACACGGCCAAGAUGAAGGAGAACGGCGUCAUGGGCAGCGACGUCGACAUCACCGAGCUGGCCGCUCUAACCAAGAACUUCUCUGGUGCCGAGCUGAGCGGUCUCGUCAAGUCGGCCACAUCCUUCGCUUUUGCGCGGAAUAUCAAAGUCGGCACCAUGGCCAGCGUCAGCGAGGAUGUGGUCAACAUGAAGGUCGUUCGGCAGGAUUUCCUCCAUGCGCUGAGCGAAGUCAAGCCCGCCUUUGGUGCUGAUGACUCGGAGCUCGAGGAUGCCAUUCCGUACGGCGUCAUCCACUUCUCACCGAGCAUUUCGGCCAUCCUCAACGAUGGCAUGCUGUAUGUCGAGAACGUCCGGCAGCAGGAGCGGCUGCGGCACAUGUCUGUGUUGCUGCAUGGUCCGCCAGCAAGCGGCAAGACGGCGCUAGCUGCACACGUUGCCAUGAAAUCAGAUUUCCCCUUCAUCAAGAUCAUCACACCCGCAUCCAUGGUUGGCUUUAGGGAUGAGGUGGCCAAGAAAGACCACUUACACAAGAUCUUCACCGACGCCUACAAGUCCCCCCUGAGCUUGCUCAUCAUCGACAACAUCGAACGCCUCAUAGAAUGGAACCCAGUCGGGCCCCGUCUCUCCAACAGCAUCCUCCAAGCACUCGUCACCCUUCUCCAGACCCCUCCUCCAAAGGGCCACCGCCUCCUCAUCCUGGCCACUACCUCCCAGCUACCGGUCAUGGAGCAGCUCGACAUCACGACCGCCUUUGACCGGCAGAUCCGCGUCCCCGCGGUGCAGAACACGCGCGAGAUGGAGGCCGUUUUGGCCGAGUCGGGCACGUUUGAGUCGCCCGCUGAUGUCAACGAGGUGCUGAACCGCGUGAGGGAGUAUACCAACUCGGAGCGGGUCGGCGUGGGCAUCAAGACGAUCCUCACGACGGCCGAGACGGCGCGGCUGAGUGCCCAGCCGGCGGAGUGGUUUGCUGAGCAGAUUGCCGGGCAGAUCAAUCGGUAUAACCCGUAUGGUGAGGGGAUGUCCAUGGGGCAAUAAUGGCUGUAUUUACGAAGUCAAGGUGUUGUGUUGGAUGAAAUCUAAAGUUGGGACGGACGGGAAAUAGAGCUGGAAUAAUACAUUGAUGAUGACGAUGAUGUUCUUUCAUUCCACUAUCUUCAUCUGCCUUACCUAAGUCGCCGCUUUGCGAAUAGAACUUGAGCAAU